AUGAAGAUGGGUCGCGAGCUGAAAGGUUUGGGACCCUCUGAUCUAAAAGAUACCUGGAGUAUUGAUUGGUUUUUCCCUGUUGUUUUCACAGGAGAGCCCAGGAAAUUCGACCCCACCUUCAAAGGGCCCAUCCAAAACAGAGGAUGUACAGACAUUGUUUGCUGCAUCAUCUUCAUCAUAGCCAUCGUGGGCUACCUUGCUGUGGGAAUACUGGCCUGGACUCACGGUGACCCGAGGAAGGUGAUUUACCCCACAGACAGCAUGGGACAGUUCUGUGGCCAGGGGAAACUAGAGAAGCAGCCGUUCUUGUUCUACUUUAACAUGAUGAAGUGCGCCAGUCCCAUGGUCCUCCUAGAGUUCCAGUGUCCUACUCCUCAGGUGUGUGUACAGACGUGUCCUAAUCGAACUAUGACUCUGGUAACUGCCUUCUCAAAACCACAAGACUGGGGGUAUUACAAAACCUACUGCAAACAAGACCCAGGCAAUAAGCCUGUGGCACAAAUUUUGCAAGAGAAGCUCUGUCCGGCGUAUCUAGUUUCCAGCAAUCCAUUUUUGCAGCGGUGUUUUCCAUCUAUGGGCAAAAAGGGAGAAGUCAUUACUGUGGGCGAUCAGGAGAAAUUUAAUGAUGGAGUGAAGGAGCUGGAUGCUAAAGACCUGGUGGCUGGAAUGAAGAACGCCUCUAUAGUCAUGGAGGGUCGUCAGGUUGCAAUGAAGAUCUUUGAGGAUUACACAAAGUCCUGGUACUGGAUCUUAAUUUGUCUGUUGAUUGCGGUUGUGUUGAGUCUGAUCUUCAUCGUUCUUCUGCGAUUUCUGGCUGGAAUUAUGGUCUGGGUCAUGAUCCUCUUGGUCGUCGCUGUCAUAGCCUAUGGUAUCGCUCACUGCAGUAUAAAGUAUGUUAGUCUGAAGGACGCUCCUGGCUCCAACAUCACCCUGCAGCAGCUCGGCUUCCAGCCCGAUUUUGCCGUCUACCUGCACAUCAGACAGACCUGGCUGGCCUUCAUAAUCAUCCUGGCUAUUUUGGAGCUCAUCAUCAUCCUCCUGCUCAUCUUCCUCAGAAACAGGAUCCGCAUCGCUGUUGAGCUCAUGAAGGAGGCCAGCAGGGCCAUCGGUUAUGUGAUGUCAUCGCUGGUUUUCCCUAUUUUCACCUUCUUCCUCCUGGCCAUUGUCAUCGCAUUCUGGGGCGUUAAUGCAGUUUUCCUUUCUACAUCCAGUGAACCGGUUUAUAAGGUUUUCAAUGAAACUGAAUGUGCCCAUUCAAGAGAAACCUGCAACCCAGAGAACUUCACAUCCUCUUUAACGAAGGCAGUCUGUCCGCAGUCGCAGUGUCUGUUUGCUUUCUACGGUGGAGAGACACCUUAUCACAAAUACCUGAUCCUGCUUCAGUUCUACAACGUCUUCCUGUUUUUCUGGUGUGCCAACUUCGUCACAGCUCUGGGUCAGAUGACUCUGGCAGGAGCGUUUGCGUCGUACUACUGGGCUUUUGAUAAAUCCAAAGACAUGCCGGCCUUCCCGUUAUGUGCCUCUCUGGGCAGAUCCCUCAGGUAUCACACAGGUUCUCUGGCAUUUGGCUCUCUCCUGCUCGCCAUUGUGCAGGUUAUCAGGGUCCUGCUGGAGUAUAUUGAUCACAAACUCAAGGGAGCAGAGAAUAAAUUCGCCAAGUUCUUGCUGUGCUGUUUGAAAUGCUGCUUCUGGUGUCUGGAGAAGUUCAUCAAGUUCAUCAACAGGAACGCCUACAUUAUGGUUGCUAUAUACGGCAAAAACUUCUGCCGCUCUGCACGUGACGCGUUCUUCCUCUUGAUGAGAAAUGUAAUCAGGGUGGUAGUCCUGGAUAAGGUCACCGAUUUCAUCUUGUUUCUUGGAAAACUCCUCAUCGUUGGUCUUGUGGGGAUCUUUGCUUUCUUCUUCUUCUCAGGACAAACGGAUGCGUUUAAGGGCACUGCACCCAGUCUCCAUUAUUACUGGGUUCCUAUUUUGACUGUGUUGGUGUGCUCCUACCUCAUUGCUCAUGGGUUUUUCAGCGUUUACGCCAUGUGUGUGGACACACUCUUCCUCUGCUUCUUGGAGGAUCUGGAGAGGAACGAUGGCAGUGCAGAGCGACCGUAUCUGAUGUCCGAGAACCUGCUCAAUGUGCUAAAGAAGAAGAACCAGGCCAACUGAUCCAUCCUGAUGGGUCAGGUUUAUACAAGUACAGUGUGUUUUCUGGAGCUGGAGAAACCAGAAGUGCCUGAGGUCAUUUUCAUUGCUGUUUAUCGUGCCUUUGAGAGCCGUCAUCGUGCCUUUCGAGAGAUGAUCAUAUGAAUUUCAAAACUUUUUUAAACGUGGCUGAUCUCUGUAUCUCCAAAUUAAAAACCAGGAAUGGUACCAAAACUAUUUUAGAAGCAGAAAUAAGUGACAAGGCUACUCGUGUGGAAACUGCCAAACUUUUUAAUGGCCACUUUAAAGGAAAACUCCACUUUUAGUAUGGAAAAAGGCUCAUUUUAUCAAGUCUUUUAGAGUUAAACAGUUGAGUUUCUCACACUGAAAACAAAUAUUCAUUGAAUUUACUCAUUUUUAAGGUACGUGGUUGCAAACAGUUUAUAUAGGUUGAAUUUAAACAAAUUAAUCUGAACAUUACUAAAUGUCAUUUGUUUGUUUAAAUUCAGCCCAUAUUAAUUGUUUGCAACCACUUACCUUUAAAAAAUGAGUACUGGACAAUUUUUUUCAAUGCAAUUGUUUAAUCCAUUGACCUGAUUUUGAUGUCUUUUAUCUUAGCUUAGCAUAGGUCAUUGAAUCAGAUUAGACCAUUAGCAUCUCACUCAAUAUAAAAAAAAAGAAUAAUUUUUUGAUCAUGUUCUAUUUUUAUUUAAAACUGGACUCUUCUGUAGAUACAUCGUGUACUAAGACUGACGGAAAAUGCCAACUUGCUGUUUUUUAGGUCAAUAUGUCUAGAGACUAUACUCAUUACGGCGUAAUAACAGCAACUUUUGCCAUACUUUGGCUGCUGCAGGUGCAACGAACUUCUGCUUCGCUGUAUAAAACCUUGCUGGCUACUGUUUUCAGGUGCUGCGUAAUAUCAUUGUGCCUGCCACAGCACAAAUGAUUGAACCCCUUUUUUUGAGUGAGAUGCUAAUGGUCUAAUCUCAUUCAAUGAUCUAUGCUAAGCUAAGCUGAAAGACACCCAAGAUCAGCUGAAUGGAUCGCAAUGAUAUUAUGCUUCGCUAUUCAAUACCUACCUGGCUACUGUUUUAAGGUACUGCAUAAUCACAUUGUGCCUGCUGAAGCAAAAACGAUUGAAACUUUUUUUUGAGUGAGAUGCUAAUGGUCUAAUCUGAUUCAAUGAUCUAUGCUAAGCUAAGCUAAAAGAAUAUUAGAAUAUAUAAUAUUAUGCUUCGUUGUUCAGUACCUAGCUGACUACUGUUUUCAGGUGCUGCAUAAUAUUAUUGUGCCUGCUGCAGCAAAAAUUAUUGAAACACUUUAUUUUUUUUUUAAGUGAGAUGCUAAUGGUCUAACCGAUUCAUGGUCUAUGAUCUAUGCUAAGCUAAAAGACACCCAAGAUCGGCUGAAUGUAUCGCAAUGAUAUUAUGCUUCGCUGUUCAAUACCUAUCUGGCUACUGUUUUUUUAGGUGCAGCAUAACAUCAUUGUGCUUGCUGCUGCAACAAUUAUUGAAAUGCUUUUUUUUUAAAUUCUUUUUGAUUGAGAUACUAAUGGUCUAAUCGGAUUCAAUGAUGUAUGCUAAGCUAAAAGACACCUAAGAUCGGCUGAAUGGAUGGCAAUGAUACUAUGCUUCGCUGUUCAGUACCUAGCUGACUACUGUUUUCAGGUGCUGCGUAAUAUCAUUGUGCCUGCUGCAGCAAAAAUUGUUGAAACACUUUUUUUUUUAUUAUUCGAUUCAAUGAUCUAUGCCAAGCUAAAAUAAAAGUGCAGACCCGGAGAUCGGCUGAAUGGAUUUAAAAAUUGUGAAACUCCACUUUUUAGUUAGUAAUAAAAUUAGCCUAUUUUCAAAAUAAGUGUAGUGUUUCUUUAAAGAAUAAAGGAUUUUUUUUUUCAUAAAUGUUCUGAUUUACAUUUUGAUGUUUAGUUAUUGGUUUCAUGGUGUUUAUAUUUGUUUUUGUUAGUUUUUUCUAUAAAUAUGAAAGCGAGGCAGUGUUCUUGAUGAUGUUGGACAGGAUUGUAUAACAGCGUUUUUGUUUAAUAUGUAUGCAGUAUAGAUCAUAAAAGCUGUUACUGAUUAAAUAUCACAUAUUCAAUGUUCAUGAUAUAAGAUUAUCCGUUCGUUAACCUGUGUACAUUAUGAUGAGAUGUGCCUGUUUGUAUGGCUGGUUAAAGAUGUCUUGAUUUUAAUCAUGCUUCUGACUUUAUUUAGUGUUUUAAAAGUUUUGUUACAUGCUCAUAUGACUCAUUGCUUGGUAAAUAAAACGUUUUCUACAAUAA